UCCUAGGAACUGUAUAAAAGAGCUCUCGUCUCACAGCUCCUCUACACGCUUCUCUGGACUUCGUCUCCUUGAACCAGGUUUACCUGCAUCCCACAGAGAUGGCUUUCUCCAGCCUGUGCUAUCCAGAAUGCGGGGUGGCCCGGCCCAGCCCCGUCUCUGGUACCUGCAACGAGCCGUGCGUUCGGCAGUGCCCUGACUCCGAAGUGGUGAUCAGACCCUCCCCGGUUGCGGUGACCCUCCCCGGACCAGUUCUCAGCACCUUCCCUCAGCAGAGCGAAGUGGCAGCCGUAGGAGAACCUGUGGUGGGAGCCGGCUACGGGGGCUCCUUCGCUAACGGGGGAUUGUACGGCUAUGGAGGCCGUUACGGAGGGUUGUUCGGUUAUGGGGGUUAUGGUUAUGGAGGCCGUUACGGUUACGGGGGAUACCCAGGCUUUUACGGUUAUGGGGGAUACUGCGGCUACCCCGGCUUUUAUGGGAAUGGGGGAUACUGCGGCUACCCAGGCUAUUAUGGGAAUGGGGGAUACUGCGGCUACCCAGGCUAUUAUGGGAAUGGGGGAUACUGCGGCUACCCAGGCUAUUAUGGGAAUGGGGGAUACUGCGGCUACCCAGGCUAUUAUGGGAAUGGGGGAUACUGCGGCUACCCAGGCUAUUAUGGGAAUGGGGGAUACUGCGGCUACCCAGGCUAUUAUGGGAAUGGGGGAUACUGCGGCUACCCAGGCUAUUAUGGGAAUGGGGGAUACUGCGGCUACCCAGGCUAUUAUGGGAAUGGGGGAUACUGCGGCUACCCAGGCUAUUAUGGGAAUGGGGGAUACUGCGGCUACCCAGGCUAUUAUGGGAAUGGGGGAUACUGCGGCUACCCAGGCUAUUAUGGGAAUGGGGGAUACUGCGGCUACCCAGGCUAUUAUGGGAAUGGGGGAUACUGCGGCUACCCAGGCUAUUAUGGGAAUGGGGGAUACUGCGGCUACCCAGGCUAUUAUGGGAAUGGGGGAUACUGCGGCUACCCAGGCUAUUAUGGCUACGGGGGAGUAGUCGGUUCCGGGGUGUCCUGCCACAGGUACCGCAGUGGAAGCUGUGCGCCUUGCUAAACCCAGCAGGCCCAUCCGUGGCAGACCCAGGCAAUGAACGGCCGGAUACAGAUUCCCCCCUGAGCUUUGGGGCUUGGCUUUCAGACGUGCUGGGCAAACCCGGCUCCAGCUGAGCUCAGUGGGAGCUGUGUGUGCUCAGCCCUGGGUCUGGGAGCCAGGCUGCAUUGCUCCCCUCACGCUUCAUGGCUCCUUCUGCUCCUGCUUUGCCAGCCCCGCACUGAGUCUCCUCCUGGCCUGUGGGCACCUUCUGAGUGACACGCAGGCUGCUCCCACCGACCCUGCUGGGUGACAGAAAAGGGGGCCUGAGAAAAGCCUCAGUGACACCAAUUGUCAUUGUAAGUCCCUCUGUUCAAGGGAAAAGACCUUUCUGCCUUGGCCAAUCAGGCCCUACUUGUUCUAUCCUUUCCACCACUAUGUACCCUCAGCGCCUGCUCUUUCCCCUUGCUCUGGUAGAUGUAUAGUGGAGACGCCCUGUAGCCCCGUACUUGUAUUUUGAUUUCUGGCACACACCGCUGAGUGGGGUAAAAGAAGGAACUGAAAACGGUUACACCCUUUGCAGCUGCAGCAAAGCACAACAAACAGUUUGUCUGAAAUGUGCCCCUGAGGUGUGCGAUCCGUCGAACGCUGGAAACACAUCUGUGGGGCUCGCUGACGUUUCUUCCUGUCACUGUAUCGCUAGCUUCAUUUGCAUUAAAUCUCUA